AUGGAGACCGGGGAGUCGUACGGCGGGGACGCGCUGACGAAGGUGCGGGUGAUUUACCGGGACAUUCAGGAAGGCGCCAAGGCGUUCUUGGCGGCGGAGUACAGGAUGUGCGUGAUGUUCAUCGCCGUAUUUGGGGCGGUGAUCGCGGUGCUCGUGUCGAACGGCGCGUCAGGGUUCGAAGGGAAGGUUGGGUUCUUGACGGCGUUCGCGUUCGUCGCGGGAGGGGCGACGAGCAUGAUUUCCGGGUAUAUCGGGAUGAUGGUGGCGACCUACACGAACGCACGAUGCUGUGUCAUGGCGAGCAUCACUCCGGACAGCAUGGCGUGGAAGGAAAGUUUCAACGCCGCGUUCCGAGGCGGCGGCGUCAUGGGGUUCGCGCUCAGCGGUCUCGGGCUCUUGGUGAUGUACUUUUUGAUGUUGACGUUCAGCGUGGCGUACUCGUUCGAAUCCGAUGCGAUAAAACUGUUCGAGUGCAUCGCUGGUUUUGGGCUCGGCGGGAGCGCGAUCGCCAUGUUCGGCCGCGUCGGUGGUGGUAUUUACACCAAGGCGGCGGAUGUCGGCGCGGAUUUGGCGGGCAAAGUCGUCGCCGGCAUUCCUGAGGACGACCCGCGUAACCCGGCGACGAUUGCCGAUAACGUGGGUGACAACGUUGGCGAUGUUGCGGGUAUGGGUAGCGAUUUGUUUGGCUCUUUCGCUGAAGCUACGUGCGCGGCUCUCGUCAUCGGUGCGCAGUCCACGGAUCUCGUGAGAGCUGGUUGGGAUGCUGUCAUCUUCCCGCUGUACAUAUCCGCCGUGGGUAUCCUCGUGUGUAUCGCCGUGUCAUUCGUCGCGACGGAUGUGCAACCCGUGCGUAACGAGAUCAGCAUCGAGCGAGUACUCAAGAUGCAGCUCACGCUCAGUACGAUCGCGAUGACGGUGUGCAUGUACCCCAUCUGCUACAUGUACAUGCCUGAUCAGUUCUACCUCGGCGGCAACACUUUUAACACCGCUUGCGUUGGUGACACGAGCAGUAAGUGCAUCUCGAACGGCGCCAAUGCCGCGUUUGCGUGCAUUGCCUCUGGUUUGUGGGGUGGAUUGAUCAUCGGUUUCAUCACUGAAUACUACACUUCGCACUCAUACUUUCCCGUUCGCGAGCUCGCUCGCUCGACGGAAACCGGCGCCGCGACAAACAUCAUUUACGGUCUGGCCCUUGGGUACAAAUCCACCAUCGUUCCUGUAUGCGUGCUCGCAUUCGGCGUGUGGCUGUCGUUUUCUCUCAUGGACAUGUAUGGCGUCGCGUUGUGCGCGCUCGGCAUGCUUGGAACGCUUUCGACUUGUCUCACCAUCGACGUGUACGGGCCGAUUUGUGACAACGCUGGAGGUAUCGCUGAAAUGGCUGGCAUGCCUGAUGACGUGCGCGAAAAGACGGAUGCGCUGGAUGCCGCAGGUAACACGACGGCAGCCAUCGGUAAAGGCUUCGCCAUCGGUUCAGCUGCCUUGGUCUCUCUCGCGCUUACUGCCGCGUUCGUCACGCGAUCGGGCGCGCUGGAGGAUGGUGUCAAUCUCCUCAAUCCAUCGGUUUUCGCUUUCUUGUUGAUUGGUAGCAUGUUGCCGUACUGGUUCAGCGCUAUGACGAUGAAGUCCGUCGGCAUCGCCGCGAUGGAAAUGGUCAAGGAAGUCAAGCGUCAAUUCGACACCAUUCCGGGUCUUCUCGAAGGCACGCCCGGUCACGCCCCGCCCGACCACGCGCGCUGCAUCAAGAUUAGCACCGAUGCGAGCCUUCGCGAGAUGGUACCGCCCGCGGCUUUGGUCAUCCUGGCCCCGAUCAUCACGGGAACCUUUUUCGGCGUUCGCGCCGUCACGGGUCUUCUCGCCGGAGGCCUCGCGUCAGGUGUGCAGCUCGCCAUCUCCGCCAGUAAUACGGGCGGAGCUUGGGAUAACGCGAAAAAGUUUGUCGAGAAGGGCGGAUUCGUUCGUCAACGCAAGGGUAGCGAGUGCCACAAGGCUGCCGUCAUCGGUGACACCGUGGGUGAUCCCUUGAAAGACACAUCCGGUCCCGCGGUGAAUAUUCUCAUGAAGCUCAUGGCCAUCAUUUCCUUGGUUUUCUGCGAUUUCUUCAUGUCGAUAAACUCGGGCAAAGGCUUGUUCCUCGCGGGCAACUAA